GCAGCGUGUCCUCCCUCCCCUCGAGCGCACUCGUGCACAUGUGUGACAGUCAUUGGUGCGUCCCUUAAACGUGUCACAACUUUUGAUGGAUUACCCCACUUCUGAGUGCUCAGGUGCGGCUCACUCCUCUCCAUCCUCUCGCUAGUGCGCGUCUCUCCAAACUCUCUCAAACUCAAACGAGCAAACGCAAAGUCAAUAUGAUCUUAGUGUCGUUCUCGUUGGAGCACCUGUGCGGGCUCGCGUCCGCGGUGCUGUCCACGCUGGUGGUGCUGAGCGCGUUUACGGUGAAGGGAACGAGCGCGGCCGCCACCGGCUGCCCGACGUGCGGCAUGCCUGCGAUGGAGAAGGGCGCUGAGGAGCGUUACCUGGUCGAGAUAGCCAAACAGCAGAUCCUGAGCAAGCUUCACCUGCGGGAGAGGCCAAACAUCACGCAGACGGUGCCGCGUGCCGCGCUCAUGACGGCGCUGCGCAAGCUCCACGCGGGCCGCGUCAGACAAGACGGAACGCUGGAGCUGGACAAUAACGUGCCAAACUCGCGCACGAGUAACCAGGCAUACGAGAUCGUGAGCUUCGCUGAUGUCGGUGACCAGGUUUCUGACGGCACCGACACCAGUCUGUCGUUCCAGUUCCUGCAGGAGAAAGGUCACAGCGUUCUGGUGCUGCAGUCGUCGCUGUGGCUUUACGUGCGUCCAGCCGACGCACCUCAUCACGGCGGUCGCGUAAACGCAGAAAUCUCCCUGCCGGCGUCGAGCGGCGCUAAUCGCACGCUGCUGCUCCAGAGAAGCGUGGAUGUGUCUCGAGGCGGAUGGCACACGUUCCCGGUCACCGGGGCCCUGCAGGCCUUUCUGGACGGCGGUCAGCGGAGUCUCCGUCUGGAGGUGCACUGCGAAGACGGCGGACGCAACCUGUGCAGUCGCGAAGCAUCGGGCGAAUCUUCCCAUCAGCCGUUUCUAGUUGCGCAGGUGCAGUUGCGCGAAGACCCCAACAAACACGCGCUGAGUAAACGCUCGCUGCGCUGCGGCGACGACGUGAGCGUGUGCUGCAAAAAAGACUUCUACAUCAAGUUCCGUGACAUACAGUGGCAGGACUGGAUCAUAGCGCCUGAGGGCUACCAUAUGAACUACUGCAUGGGACAGUGUCCACAGCAUUUAUCCGGCUCGCCCGGCAUCGCCUCCUCGUUCCACGCCACCGUCUUCAGUCAGCUGAAGGCCAACGGCAUCCACACGGCCGUGUCGUCUUGCUGCGUUCCCAUCCAAAGACGGCCGCUCUCCAUGGUCUACUUCAACUCGCAGCACACCAUCGUGAAGACCGACGUCCCGGACAUGAUCGUCGAAUCCUGCGGGUGCACAUAAAGAACAAUUACGUGAUUUAAAGGGGUAGUUCACACAAAAAUGAAAAUUAUCCCGUGAUUUACUCACCCUAAAGGAAUCCUAGGUGCAUAUGUGACCCUGGACCACAAAACCAGUCAUAAGGGAUGAAACGAGCUUUCAAUAUGGUUUGUUAGGAUCGGACAAUAUUUGGCCGAGAUACGAUUAUUUGAAAAUCUGAAAUCUGAGGGUGCAAAAAAAUCAAAAUGUUAAGAAAAUCGCCUUUAAAGUUGUCCAAAUUAAGUUCUUAGCAAUGCAUAUUACUAAUCAAAAAUUAAGUUUUGAUAUAUUUACGGUAGGAAAUUUACUAAAUAUUUUCAUGGAACAUGAUCUUUACUUAAUAUCCUAAUGAUUUUUGGCAUAAAAGAAACAUUGAUAAAUUUAACCCAUACAAUGCAUUGUUUGCUUUUGCUACAAAUAUACCCCGUGCUACUUAUGACUGCUUUUGUGCUCCAGGGUCACAUAUGACUUUCUACUUUUAUUCCGAGUCCAAUCGGAGUUAUAUUAUAAAAAUGGUCCUUGCUCUUCCAAGCUUUAUAACGGGAGUAGGUGGGUGUUUUUGUUCAACAGUCCAAAAGAAGUGCAAUAAAGUGCAUCCAUCCAUAAUAAAAUGUGCCUCACACGGCUCCGGGGGGUGAAUAAAUGCUUCCUGCAGCGAAUCGAUGCGCUUUUGUAAGAAAAAUAUCCAUAUUUAAAACACUUUUCUCUCACUUUCACCGCUAAUUGUCAGAUGAUGUAAGACGGAGGAUGGAUGCGCUUUAUCUGACGUUGUAAAGCUUGGAAGAGCAAGGAUAAUUUUUUAUAUAACUCCGAUUGGAUUCGUCUGAAAGAAGAAGGUUAUAUACACAUAGGAUGGCUUGAGGGUGAGUAAAUCACUGGCCAAUUUUCACUAACCCUUUAACAGCACACCUAUUUAUCUGCUUUAUCAGGAAGAGGCGAAAUAUACUCUAAUCAAGGCUUUCUGUCUAAGCAAAGCUUAUUCAUUAUGGGUUUUUAUAGCUGUUGAAAUACUCAGGGAAAUCAAAGCCACUGUAAAAGCCACGCUUAGGCCUGACUCAGCACGGUUACCCAACAUGACAGUAAACAUUUAGAUAUUGCCACACGUCCCAAAAAAGGUCUGACAGCAAGGGAAAGUGGUGCAUUAAUAUCUAAUACAUAUUUCAGUAUUUCUCUCACAAUAGUUCUCAAGCUUAUUUUGACUGUUUACGCUAAGCACCAGCAAAUGCAACAAAAUACAUGUACUGGCUUUCUUUUCAAGCUGCUUAUUUUCUGUUUGAGCAGAUACACUUACUUUUAUUUGUAAUAUUGAUAAGUCUUAUUUAUAUAGCGCCUUUGCAAAAUAAUCUACGAACAGUACAAUCACCUACAUUGUACGUGUUACAGGUGUAUUUUUUUGCCAUGUUUUGUGUUUAUUUUAAGCGUUUAUUCUGUCUCAUUUUCUCAUUUUGUUUAGUCUGAAGCACUUCCUAGGGAUGCAUAGUGUAGGGAAUCUGCAACUGCACUUUAUAUGUUAUUUUGCGUAGUUAGUACGAAUCAAGCCAUGCAAAUCCGAUCUACACGUGUUGUUUAUUUUUGCUUUGACAAAAAUGAUAAUGUAACUUAUGGCACGAUAUUAAAGCUGUUCGUUAACGCUCGUUUAAGGAGCAAAAACUCACUGAGAUUAAUUUCUAUAAUUUUUUAAUAAAGGAAUAUUUUCUUAUUAGUGAGAGAGCUUGGAAAUCUGUACUGUAUUGUACAUUGUAAUUUUGCUGAAUAUGUGUAUUUUUUUAAAUAAAUAUUUUAUCUAUUA